UGGCAGCAACGUUAAUGUUCAGCUACCUUCUAACCGUACAACAAGAGCCAAGGGGAAGGAGCAAGGCACGUAAGAAUUAAAACGCCGGUGAACGGCGAGAAAGUUUGGUGUUUCCACAAGUUUUAACCUUUUUGUACUUUGAUUCAACCAGUGGAAGAUUAAGAAAAUAAGAUGGCUGUGAACGUUUACUCCACAUCUGUGACCGGCGACAACCUUAGUCGUCAUGAUAUGCUUUCUUGGAUCAACGAGUCUGUACAGAUGAACUACGCCAAGAUUGAGCAGUUGUGCUCAGGUGCCGCUUACUGUCAGUUCAUGGACAUGCUUUUCCCUGGAUGCAUCCCUUUGAAGAAGGUAAAAUUUCAGGCAAAACUAGAGACUGAGUUCCUCCACAACUUCAAACUUCUGCAGACCAGUUUUAAGAAGAUUGGGGUUGACAAGAUCAUUCCUGUGGAUAAAUUGAUAAAAGGCAAGUUCCAGGACAACUUUGAGUUUGUGCAAUGGUUCAAGAAAUUAUUUGAUGCCAACUACGAUGGAAAGGAGUAUGACCCACUCGGUGCUCGCCAGGGCCAGGACACUGCUCCUACGCCCAACCCAGGGCAGGUCGCAUCCAAGCCAAGAAAGCCCACCACUGUACAGUUCCACAGCUCCCCACCUCUUAUCAGACCAGCGGCGAGAGUCGCUCCCACGAGGUCUACAACGGCAGUAACCAAACCCCCGCCCAGGUCAGCAGGGAGUGCCUUGCGGAGGCCCGGAGGGGCAGAGGACGUGGAGAGGGUGGAGCUAGCCCAGGAGGUCAGUUCCCUGAAGGCCACUGUCCAGGACAUGGAGAAAGAGAGAGACUUUUAUUUUGGAAAGCUGAGGUCCAUUGAGGUCAUCUGCCAAGAAGUGGAUGGAGAGGCAGAUACGACGAUGCAGAAGAUUAUGGAUGUUCUAUACGCCACUGAUGAGGGGUUUGUUAUUCCUGAUGCUGAAGGAGAAGAACCAGAAGAGUUCUGAAGAAAAUGGACACAACUGCAGUUCAUACCUUAAUCACACACUUUUCAAUACACACACACACACACAAGUUUGCAUGUGCAACGUUCAUACGCACUCUUUGGGUCUAAUGAACAUGCACUUACUCACACUGUGGAUUAAGUUGCCUCUGGAUUAUACGCUGCCUGCCACCUUGGUCCAACUGUUUAUUGGACCAAGUGUUUUUUUUGUUUUUUUUGGACCAUAAAAUACAUUUCAGAGACCCUGCUGAUCCAGCCGCCAGAGAAGAAGAACCCCGGAUAAAAUUCCAAUGGGUCCUUAUUUUCUGGGGGUUUUCUGCCUUGUUCUUAUUCUGGCCUUUUCUGUGCCUUUAAAUUUAGGCCUGUUACGUUUGAAAUAUGUUCAGGUUGUCUUUUUAUUCCUUAUAUAUUUCCAAUUGACCUAAACAGUACUGUACUAGAUUAUUUUGAUAUGAUAUUUGCAAAUAUGAGUCAUUCUUAAAUAUAUAUAUGAAUGUUUACUCUGCCAAUUGAAAUGAUUGUAAUUUUUCUGGUAUGUUUACACACAUUCAUUAUAUACUUAAGAGUUAAAAUUUGUGGUUUAGGCGAUCAGCAUUUGUAUUUAGUUUGUUUUUAUCUCCGCAGGUAUUCAUCACAUUACUUAUUUGAUUUUUUUCAAUGAAAUUAAGUGUUUUUAUUGAGCACCUUAAAUAAAAAAGAAUGUACUUCUUACUUAAAAGCAAAA